AUGAAUUACUUGUUUUAUGGAUUUAUAGGAUAUUGCACUUUAUCAUUAACCUUUUUUGUAUUCCCUUACAAGAAAAAGAAUGUCUUCAAGCACUCGAAAUACCAAAAAUAUCUUCAAAGAAAAGCUAUCCUUCACAUAUCUCACAGAGGUGGAUGUAGGGAAAAUGUAGAAAAUACAAUGCAGGCCUUUUAACAUGCAUAUGAUCUAGGUACCGAUUGUUUAGAAAUGGAUUUGUGCAUGACAAAAGAUAAGAAAGUUGUAGUCUUGCAUGAUUCCUCUUUAUUAAGAAUGUGUGGUGUAGAAGCACAUGUGAAAGACUAUAAUUAUAAAGACUUGCCAAAAUUCCUAGAUAAAGUCAGACUGGAUUUUGCUCCGAAUGAUUACAUUUCAACUUAAAAUUGCAAAACUCCUUAUCUUCCUUUAUUUGAAGAUGUUCUUAAAAAGUUCCCUGAUGUCUUAAUUAAUGUUGAAAUUAAGACACCAGAUCCAGAAGUAGUCAAAGCAGUAAACGAUCUAAUUCUUAAGUACUAAAGACAAGAUACAAUCAUAUGGGGUGCUAGAUGUAUAUUAAUAUCUAAUAUCAUAGUUUAAAAGUAGAACGAAUUACUUAAAUCAAUUAAUCCUGCCAUACCAAGAUUUUUCACUGUGGAAGGUAUUAUGAGGGUGUAUUUACUCUACAUAACUGGACUAUUACCAUUUUUCGAUAUCCCAGAUGAUUCAAUGUAAGCACCCCUUUACACUGAUGACUUUUACAAUUGGAAACUCCAUGUCGCAAAUUCAACUUCAGAGAAGUUAUAGCAAAUGUUUUUUCAUAAUUUUGUUUGGUUUUUGGGGUUAAUUUCUAAACCUCUAUUUUAUCACUUACAUAAUAGGGGGAUUUUUGUAUAUUAUUGGGUUUUGAACAACGAAAAUGAAUAUGAGAGAGCUCUUAAAACUGGUUGUCAUGGGAUUAUGACUGAUUGUCCAACUCUGCUGAAAGAGCAUUUAGUCAAAAAAAAACUAUAUGGAAAAUAGUGA